AUGGAUACCCCACAAGUUCGACUGCCAGCUCCAGAAAGACCAGCAGAGAGUCAAUCGCACGAGACAAAUGGAAAUUCUACAAUAAACACCUCCGUCGAGGUGGAUAUGGGAGGUACUCAGGAGCUUACCGAACCAGCUCCAGCUGAAGACUCCAUUCUCCCCGAUGCGCAACCAGAGCCUGAAUCCGUACCGGAACCUCCAACUCCAGCGAAGAAAAUCGCACCUUCAUCCUUCUUCGAGUACAUCUUGAUUUCUAAUGCACGAAUAGCAUCAUUUCUCGGAACUAGGGGGGCCCAUCAGAACCUUGUACUCAAGUCGCCAUUCCUGAAACAAUUGAUCGAUGAAUUCGACUCCUCAAGCCCACAACGUAUUGAACUCCCAUCUGAGGAUGUUGAGGCUUUCAGCUCGUUCCUUGAGUACCAGUACACCAAAAAUUACAGCGUCCAAAUCGAGUCCGACGAGUCCUCCGAUGGUACCGACGAGAGUGGUGAGCUCUUACUUCGCCAUGCGCGAGUCUACACCCUUGCCGAGAAAUUGGGCAUGCCCAAGCUGAAGGAGGAGGCCCAUAACAAGAUUCAUUCGGUAAACUCGACCCCAAUUGGUGAGUUGACGUACGCGCGCUACGUCUACACCCACACCAAUACCGCCGAUGUCAAUAUUCGCAGACCGGUCGCAUAUUACUGGGCUACCCAGGGUCAUAUCAUUCGCCAUGACCUGAAGGACGAGUUUAGAUUACUUUGUAAUGAGGUGCCGGAGUUCUCCUACGAUGUUCUUUCCCUCAUGAUGGAUCGCAAGGAGAAGGAAACGACAAUGGAUCUUGACAGCAAUGUCCGUAGUAGCGCCAGAAAGCGCCCUCGUCAGGAGAAAUAA